CAUCACCUCUCAAUGCCGACGGUAAAACGGCGUCCAGUUGAAAGGAUACCAAAUCCAAUACUAGAGGAUACGCAGGCUGAGGUAUUUUAUAUAGAUGCUACAGCUGAAAUAUUCCUUGAUUACACUUCAUACAUAUCACGCAUUUUAUACUUGAACGAGCGUAUAUUCCAAUGUACAAACUCUGGAAAGAACAAUCUCACUUACGCCCAAGCACUCGCGUCUGAGAAAGACGAAGCUAAGAAGAUGGAAGCUCGCUUUAAUCCCGCUAUUAGAGGACCAAUAUUGCGUUCAGCUGCGUUCCAAGUAAUGGGUCGUCUUGACAGCCUCAUUGAUCUUAUCUUUGACCGCUUCAAAUCUCGUUUCUGGCCUGGCGAGAGUGUAUUCGUUGAUUUACAAGGACAAAAAUUCUUUGCCCGCAUUGUAAACGUUUACCCACCAAAGGAGAUCGUCGAACACAUACAAUCACACCGUGAACCAGACGCCAAACGCGUAAAAACCGACAAUGACGCACCAGAGGAGGAUGUUAAUGGCGUUAAAAUAUCAGAAUUACAUAGAAUGGGUGUUGAUCUGGAAAUUCCUCAAGCAGAAGCUGACGCAGCUGACCCUCCAUUGUCUUAUUACUACACAGUACAAUUGGCAGGCCAAGAUGAUAAAUUUAGUGGUUCAUAUAUGGAAUUAAAGGCUGCCUCACUUUCACGUGACAGAUUAAUGUUUUCAAAGACUAUCCUUCGCAAAUUCCUGCGUGAUUCUUUAACACGCUCGACUGCUGUCGGGGCACCAUGGCGCGUGAAGCCUAAUAUCGCGAGGCUAUACGAUAUACCUGAGGAGCUAACGAUUGAUAUGAAGGCUAGAAAUGAUGAAAUACGUAAAUCCAAACUCGAUGAAAGGAAAAAGCUCAUGGAAAAUAGAGUAGUUAUUGAGCCAAAGAUAGAACCACCAACAAUGAUUCCAACAGAGGUCAAACCAAGACAAAGGACAAAGCCGAAAGCUAUAAAGAAAGAGUACGGUAUUUUGCCAGAAGUACAAAAAGUAGUAGCUGCAGUAAAAGAGAAGGAAAAAAAGAAGUCAACAAAAUACCCAUGUGAAGAUCUCGAUAUAGUCCUAACAACGAGAGAAAUAAAUGCAAGAUCAAAAGAAAAUUCACUGUUGCGUCCAAUACCAUCACAACCAAUGGAAGGUUCACAUCAGACAUUCGACAAUGUCCUCCAAGCGUGGUCAUUCCUCAACACAUUUGAAAUACCACUCCACUUGUCAACGUUCACAUUGGACGAUUUUAUAAGCGUGUUGCAAUUACAAACUAACGAGAAAGGGGUACCACAAUUGUUGACAGAAAUUCACGUUUGUUUAAUCAACAUGCUUAUACGUGAACGUGAUCAUAUUGAAGGUAUGACAGAAAUACCACUCAAUGAGACUGCAAUGGAGGAUGCUACAUGGGUACUCGAGACUGUAGAUAGGUAUGGUAAUUCUUGGACGCGUAAAUUGAUCAGUGAGCCAUCAGAGCGUCACACGCUUUGGCUCAGAGCAACAAUAGGUUGUUUGAGAAGCCACCUAACCAAUGAAACACACACUCAAUGGAGGAAAAUCUAUGCUCAUUUGUUUGCAACAGGUAGAAAAGAACAAAAGUCAAAGGAAGCUGAAGGAGUUGCUAAAGAAGACGGCUCUACAUCCUCCUUAUCAGAAUUAGAAGAUGACGCUGACAAACCAGAAGACAGAUACUUUAGUCUAUCGAUUGAUGAUAAACUUCUUUUCAUUCUGUCCUUAAUCGAGAGGGUGAAAAUGACAAGACAUAUUAGAAAUUUUGUUGAUAAAGCUGAACCACAUUUGACUGAACUCAGAAAAGAGAAGGUAGACCUAAACAGAGAGAAGAAAAAAUUGACCGAGAAGACGGACGAAAAAGCUGGAGGAACUGUACAACAAUCAGCGCCAUCAGCAUUAUCAGCACCAUCAGCACCAUCAGAGCCGAUGCAAUCUGUACAACCAGCACCAGAGCUCGCAUCUGAAAAUAUAGCCGACAACAACUCAGAAGCACUGAGUGAACCACCAGAAGCAGCCGAAGAGGAUGAAGAAGAAGACGAAGAAGAAGACCAGCUUGCAUCUGAGAGUGGAUCUGAAAAGAAUGAAACAGAAUCAGUGAAUACAAAGUCAAGUAAAUUUGAAAAACAUGAACCUGAGCCUGAACCCGUUCAAUUGACACCUGAAGAAGAAGCAAUACGCUUAUCAAACAGAGUUGAAGCAAUAGAUAAUGAAUUUAGGGCUACAAAUGGUACUCUCCGCUGGAGACCAUUAGGUGAGGAUAGGUUUUUCAAUACAUAUUGGUUUAUCGAUGGUCUCGGCAGUUGUCCUUUGCAGGGUACGGCUGCUGCCCCAGGUGAGGGUUACGAAGCUGGUAGACUAUUCGUUCAUAGACCUCACCUACCUGAUCCAGCGGUUAUGCAAGCCUCUCACGAUAUCAUAUCACGCUUGAUCGAAGAUAGAGAAAGUGAUCUUAUAAAAGAUGAAAGACUUUUUGAACAAAUCGAGCGCGAUCUUACUGCAAAAUUAGCAGAUAAGAGAAAAGCUGAAGAAGGCGAGAGUGGAAUGCUACAACCAGGUGAAUGGGGUGCAUAUGACAACAUAGAUGACAUUAAAAGUCUAAUGAACUGGUGUCAACAAAAGGGUAAUCGUGAAUUAGCUUUGAGAAACUCCAUUCAAAGAUGGCUACCAUGGUUGGAAAAGAGUAUAAAUCAUCGUAAAGCUGAACUCAAAGCAACCAAUGAUAAAAUGGAGGUAGAUGGUCAAGACACGAAACCUUCAUAUAUGACAUGGAAAAAUAAACGCAUAAACUAAACAAAGCAGAUGCAGUUGCAAAUCCUUUUGAAGCAAAUUUUGUAAAUUUAUAAUUACUUGAUCAAUACACACCUUGCA